UCAAAAUAUAAUCUGGCAGCUCUGCAGCUAACGGAAUUCUUAUUCUUUGGCGCGAUUUUUCUGGAUCAGCCAUCUUUUCAACUCCGCUUGCUUUUUCGUGCUCUGGAGCGAAAUAUUUGCAGUGCUACUAAAAAAUGAAUCGACAACUGUUAAGUGCACAGCAUAGCGACAUAAGUUUGCUUGGCUACGAAGACAUUGUGGAAUGUCCGUACGACCGUGCCCAUCAAAUUAUGAGCUUUCGAAUGCAGACCCAUCUGUUCAAGUGUCGAAAAAAUCAUAAAAAUUUGAAGUACGUCAAGUGUCCCUUCAACGAGACACAUGACAUGCCGGAACAAGAGCUUAAGUAUCAUUCCAGCGUUUGCCCGGAUCGGGAAACAUUCGACCGUUACAAGUACUGUAUUUCAACAUCAGCUGCAACAUUCGCUCCAGAGGUAACGGCAAGUGCGGAACCAACGACGGAAUACGUGUACAAUCCUAAGGACGACGUAGACGAAGAAUCGUGGGAAACGGGUUGUAAGGUAAGACCAUACAAUCCGGUGGCUUACGCGCGGCGCUCGAAUGUUAUUAGAAAAUGCACCGGGAUGGCACCAUCGGAGAAGAAGGCGUUCAAGGAAGCCGAACGCCAACGCUUGGCUGAAAUGGGUCGUGUUAUUCCCCCUCGUACAGAUGAGUGAUUAAUUACGCUUUCUCAUCCAUUUUAAUGAAGUUUUUUAAACUCCAAUUAGUUUGUUGCAUUCUAAUGUUGUUAACCUAUAAUAUGCAUAGCAUAGCUUUUGAUUCAAGCUACUGAAAUCAAUAAAAAAUAAAUAGAACUUAGUAAA